GCCAUGUCAGAGCCGGUCGAUUUAACCCCGGAAAAAAAUGGUGGCGUGUUGAAAGUGAUUAAAAAGGAAGGAACGGGUAACGCACAUCCUGUAGCCGGCAGCACAGUUUUAGUACAUUAUACAGGAACGCUACAGAAUGGUGAAAAAUUUGAUUCUAGCAGGGAUCGUAAUGAACCCUUCAAAUUCACUUUGGGACGUUCGCAGGUUAUCAAAGGAUGGGAUUUGGGAGUAGCAACGAUGAAAAAAGGUGAAAUAUGCGACUUGACAUGUCGGGCAGAUUAUGCAUAUGGUGAAGCCGGUAGUCCACCGAAAAUUCCUGGUGGUGCUACUUUAAAUUUCGAGGUUGAAUUAAUCCGGUGGGAAGGUGAGGACAUUUCUCCAGAUCGGGACGGUUCGAUCACUAGGACUGUUAUAGUUGAAGGCACAAAGUAUCAGUCACCAUCUGAAACAUCACCUGUGACAGUCCAUGUUGUGGGCACUUACAAUGAUGUUGAGUUCUACAACAAGGAUGUUACGUUUGUAAUCGGCGAAGGAUCUGAGGUUGGGCUCCCAGAAGGUGUUGACAGGGCUUUGCGUCGUUUCAAUAAGGGAGAGAAAUCAGUAAUUCAUUUGAAAGGAGCCAGAUUCACCUACGGUAAUGACGCACCAAAGGAGUAUAAUCUGCCUCCAUUUGCGGAACUAGACUUUACCAUAUUUUUAAAAGAUUUUGAAAAGGUGAAAGCAUCUUGGGAGUUAACUGGAGAUGAAAAAUUGGUAGCAGCUGAGGAAGCGAAAUCACGUGGUACAAUGUUCCUGCAACAGGGUAAAUUUAAAUUGGCAAUUGCGAAGUAUGCACGGGUAAAAGACCUUUUGGAAUAUGAAAAGUCGUUAGAAGGUGAUAAGAAGGAAAAGCGAGAUGCGUUGAUAUUAGCUGGAUACCUCAACACUGCGUUAGCUUACUUGAAAAUUGGCGAGACUGUAGAAUGUAUAAAAAGCUGUGACAAGGCUUUAGAGAUUUCUGCGACAUCAGUCAAAGCUCUCUACCGGAAGGCACAGGCAUUGCAACAACAAAAUGAUGUUGAAGAAGCUAUUCCUGUCUACAAAAAGGUUUUGGAAAUAGAACCUUCGAAUAAGGCUGCUGUACAGCAAAUAGCUGUUUGCAAACAAGCCUUGCAGAAGAUCCGUGAGAAAGAAAAGAGGCGGUUUAAGGGAAUGUUUGAGCGUUUUGCAGCCAAACAAGAAGAGGUCUACUUCGAGUUUUUUUAUUUCUUGUAA